AGUUGAGCAGCGACCAAUCGUUUUGCACCUUUGGCGGUGGCAAAGCGCCUCAGCAUAUAUUUAGGUUGGUCUCAAUUAUCUGGAGCUAGCGCAGUUUGUUUUCCACCUUCGUAUCUGUAAGAUUUUACCUCUUCAUAUUACCUGUACUCCAUACGGCGGUUGAUGAUGUUACUCUACGUGUUGUUUAUAAUACCUUUGACGCUGGCACAUUCGGCAUAUGGAGAUUUUGGAUAUAGCAGACGACAUCAACAUACCUGGGCCCAAGAACAUAAAGCCUGCGCUGGGAAGUGGCAGUCGCCAAUUGCAUUGUCGUCCGCAAGAGCAGUGGCGCUGCCUUUGCCUGCAGUUGAAAUGAUCGGUUAUCAUAACCUAUUGUCUGGUCCUGUCAAAUUAACAAAUAACGGACAUUCCGUCGCAUUAUCGCUUAACAAAGCGCUCUCGAAGAAGAGAUUGCCCUUUGUCUUCGGUGGAAUGCUGAACAAAGAUCAAGAUUACGAACUCGAAGGAUUACAUUUUCAUUGGGGUAUCAAAAAUAAUAGAGGCUCGGAACACAUAUUGAAUGGAAUCAGAUUUCCAAUGGAAAUGCACGUAAUCCACAGAAACAUGAAAUAUCCCGAUCUCGCAAGUGCUUUACAACACGAGGACGGCCUUACGGUUUUAGGAAUUUUCUUUCAGCUCCAAGAGGAGGAAAACGAACAUCUUUACCCAAUUUUGAGAACCCUUCCAAACAUCCAGUGGAUCAACACCGAAGCAGAAUUGAAUGUAUCAAUUACACUGGCUUCCUUAAUGCCUCGCGAUACCGAAAUCUUCUAUACCUACAGAGGAUCUUUGACUACGCCACCGUGCAGCGAAGCUGUAACGUGGAUUUUAUUUCCCACAACAGUGCCAAUCUCAUUUCGGCAGAUGAAUAAAUUUCGCAUGCUUUCCAAUGGCGAAGAAGUUCUUGCGGAUAAUUUUAGGCGUCUACAAGACAUAGGAAAUCGAAAAGUUUACGUGAGAAGAAUCGAACCAUAUUUUGCGAGUAAUGUCGAAAUGAUUGACUUGAACGUUGAAAGUUUGCAAUGGUACUGGCAAUAAUAAGUAUACAUACCGUUUUUGACGAAGAAAACCAAAAUAUCCAAUGACAGAAUGUAUAGAUUAAGUAUCUGCCAUAAGCUCGUUACCCUUAUACAAUCAUAUCAUUGAUCUUUAAAUCCAUAGCUUAUAAUACGUAGCAAGUGCGAAUAACCAGUAGGAUUGCUUAAAGAUGUAAUAAAUAUAAACUGUAAACAACGAGACCAAAGUAUUACGCAAUAGACGAUAAGCUGCGACAUUUUUCUAUAUGUGUAUAAUCGUAAUCACAUCUUCAUGAUCAUUACGGAUAUAAAACAGUUAUAAAUAGAUUAACUUAUUAACGUGUAUUAUUGGCUAGAAAUUAUUUUUAAAAAACACCAUCUCUUUAAUAUCAUUUUGUCCCGCUGCCUUCGAUGCCUCAAAGCAAGAUAUAGGAGAGUACAGUUGAUUCCCGAAAGUCCAGGAUACAAGGUGGAUGGUAAUGCACCAGUAAUCGUCUGUUACGUUAUAAUACUGUAGAUUUUGCUAUAGUCAAAGCACACACUGAAAAUUACUGGCACAUGGCCGAUGAUUGGGCCAUCCAUUCAUCCACCCUACUCAACAAGUACGGAUAUGAAAGGCUAGGCGAAGAGCUGCCAUUGGUUGUUGUGGCUGGCACUAUCCCGCCUGUAUUGGAGAGUAAUAUGUACUUGAGAUUUCAAAAUUAAUCUGCGCAAAAAUA